GCUACGCCGUUCCUCAGUCUUUGCUGCAGAGGUGAUGGAGGUUUUUGACAGGUCUCCCACUGACAAGGAGCUUGUGUCCCAAGCCAAGGCUCUCUGCAGGGACUACAUAAACUCGAGGCUAAUUCGAGCUGGCGUCAGCUGGAGCAAACCUGAGUACAAUGCACCCGUGCCUGGCGGUAAGCUGGCCGAGGUGUCCACCAUACUGCUGCGACUAGGGGAUGAGCUGGAAUACAUUCGCCCCAACGUCUACCGGAAUAUUGCCCGCCAAUUGAACAUCUCGCUGCACUCAGAGACGGUGGUGACGGAUGCUUUCCUGGCAGUAGCUGCGCAGAUUUUCACUGCAGGCAUAACGUGGGGCAAGGUGGUGUCUCUCUAUGCUGUGGCAGCAGGGCUGGCGGUGGACUGUGUGCGGCAUGCACAGCCAGCCAUGGUUCACACCAUCGUAGACUGCCUGGGAGAGUUUGUCCGCAAGACCCUGGUGACGUGGCUGAAAAGGAGAGGAGGCUGGGCAGACAUCACAAAAUGCGUGGUGAAUACCGACCCCAGCCUUCGCUCCCACUGGCUCGUGGCCGCUGUUUGCAGCUUUGGUCACUUCCUCAAGGCUAUCUUCUUCGUCCUGCUGCCUGAGAGAUGAAUCCCACCUCCCUGUGACCCAU